CCUGCCCCUCCUACACCCUUCCCGACAUGAGCAGCGGCGACCCAGCAUCUAAUCUCCUCCUCAAUGCAGUGCUACACUGAAGUGGCCCCGCCGACGGCCGUCAGCCACGCCCUUCACCUCCCCUUCCUCGCCCCGAAAGCCAACAAUCUGAUCGUUGUAAAGAAUUCCCUCCUUCAGAUCUUCGAACUCAAGUCUACCGUCACCGAGGUCUCUGUCGCCGGUGAUGGGGAAGCAACUAAUGUGUCCCCGGUCUUCAACUCCGAGGUCGCAGACGUGCCCUUCCAUCGCACUGAGCACACGGCAAGGCUUGUUCUUGUCGGCGACUUCCCGCUUGCCGGCACCGUCACGUCACUUGCACGCGUCAAGGUGCUGGGCACAAAGUCCGGGGCGGAGGCGUUGUUGAUUGCAUUUCGGGAUGCCAAACUCAGCCUAGUGGAGUGGGACCCAGAGACAUACUCUCUCCAGACGAUAUCAAUACACUACUAUGAAAAGCCAGAACUCUCUGGAGCGCCAUGGGAUGCAGAGCUGAAAGAUACAUAUAACUUCUUGACAGCAGAUCCCAGCAGUAGGUGCGCUGCCCUCAAGUUUGGCACCCGCAAUUUGGCCAUUCUGCCCUUCAGAGAGCGCCAUCUGGCCGAGGACGACUAUGGUUCGGAUGUAGAUGGCAUGCGGGAAGACAAAUAUGACCAUGCAAACGGUGCCAAUGGCGAAGAAGUGCACAAGACGCCCUAUCACUCUUCAUUUGUGCUGCCAUUGACUCUUCUUGACCCUGCUCUGACCAAUCCUGUCCACUUGGCCUUCCUGUACGAAUAUCGUGAGCCCACGUUUGGCAUCGUUGCAUCGUCGCGCGAGACUGCGCCUUCAUUGCUCACUGAACGAAAAGACAUCCUCACCUACACCGUCUUCACUCUCGAUCUCGAGCAGAAGGCUUCUACCACUCUACUAUCUGUUACCGGUCUCCCAUACGACAUUUCCAGAGUGGUUCCGCUCCCUCUACCCAUCGGUGGCGCGCUUCUGGUUGGUGCUAACGAAAUCAUCCACGUCGACCAGGCCGGAAAGACAAAUGGAGUGGCUGUCAACGAGUUCUCGAAAACUUGCACCGCGUUUCCUCUAACAGAUCAAUCAGAUCUGGCAUUGCGACUCGAAGGCUGCAUGAUUGAGCUUCUUUCCCAAGACACUGGUGACGUUCUCAUCGUCUUGAAUAACGGCAGGCUAGUCACCCUGACUUUUACUUUGGAUGGGCGGAAUGUGUCAGGCAUAACCCUUCAACCGGUUGCUGAGCAUCAUGGUGGCCAUGUACUGAGUUGCAGGGCGUCGUGUGCCACAAAUCUCGGUCGCGGCAGGAUAUUUGUUGGGAGUGAGGAUGCUGAUUCGGUUCUGCUAGGAUGGACGAGUAAAGGUGGCCAGUUUGGAAGGAAGCGGUCGCAGGCUGACAUUCCUACAGAGGAUGCAGAUAUGUCACUUGAUGAAGAUGAGGAAGAGAUGGAUGACCUAGAUGACGAUCUCUAUAAUGACACAACGAGCACUGUCAGGAGGAUUACUGCCGUGGCCGCUGAUCCUACCGCUCCUGGGAGUUAUACCUUCCGAAUACAUGACGUCUUGCCGAGCCUUGCUCCGAUAAAGGAUGUCAUUGUUCACUCGGCGAGUGAGCAGCCUUCAACACAACCUCAUAUCACAGGUGACCUCCUCGUCUCUACUGGGCAAGGCAGCGCUGGUGGUGUUACUGUACUCAACCGUGACUUGAUUCCGACAAAUCUAGCAGAGUCGACAUUAGCCUCCGUUCGAGGACUCUGGACUGUACACGCUAAGAAACAGGCACCUAAAGGAAUGAUCAUGGAUAUUGGGCAGGAUACUGAAGGCAACUUGGCGUCUGAUGCCGAAUACGAUGAAUACCUCGUCGUUUGCAAAGCCGGCUCCAACGGCAAUGAAGACACCGUUGUCUAUGAAGUGAAUGGCAAUGAACUCAAAGAGAGUGCCAAGGGUGAUUUUGAGCGUGAAGAUGGAUCUACUAUGAACGUGGGCGUCCUCGCCGGGGGAACAAAGGUCGUGCAAGUCAUGCAGAGUGAAGUGCGAACGUACGACUCAGAACUUAACAUGGAGUUGAUUCUUCAGAUGGAAGAUGAGGAGAACGGUGCCGAGCUACGAAUCAUCAACGCAAGCUUCGCAGACCCAUACCUGUUGGUCUUACGUGACGACUCAAGCGUGAAGCUAUUCAAGGCGACCGGAAGUGGAGAGUUGGAGGACGUCGAGUGCAGCGGACUGUCCUCAACCAAAUGGCUUUCCGCCUCGCUCUUUAAAUUGUCUUCCUUUUCAGAAGUUUUCGCGUUUUUAUUGACUUUCGAAGGAGGUCUGCAAGUGUUCGCAAUGUCUGACCUGGAAACACCUGCAUUUGUCGCCGAAGGUUUGGGGUUCCUUCCUCCUCUCUUAACAGCUGAGUACUCCACCCGACGCUCUUCGGCAAAAGCAACCCUCACGGAAAUCCUGGCAGCGGAUUUGGGUGAUCAGACGUCGAAAUCGCCUCACUUAGUGGUUCGGACGUCGACCGAUGACCUUGUCAUCUACAAAGCCUUCCAUUACCCAUCACGAGCCAACUCGGAUCCCUGGACCAAGAAUUUGAGAUGGAUCAAACUUCCGCAACCGCAUCUUCCUAGAUAUACCGAAGAACCAGCCCUGGAUGCGGAAGAUGUCGGACAAGAAAACACAAUGGUUGCUUUGGACAAUGUGAAUGGAUACAGCACCGUAUUCCGGCGAGGUGCAUCGCCAUCCUUUAUUCUGAAAGAGUCGUCAAGCGCUCCAAGAGUCAUUUCGCUCAGCAGCAAAGCUGUCAAGGGGCUUACCCGAUUUCAUACUGUGGGUUGUGAGAGAGGAUUCGCGUAUAUUGACGUUGACGAUACGCUCCGUAUCUCCCAACUACCACCUCAAACUCACUACGGACAUUUGGGAUGGGCUGCGCGCAGAUUUCCUAUGGGAUCGGAUAUCUAUGCAAUGUCGUACCACCCAAGGGGUGUAUACGUCAUGGGAACAGGGGAGCUGCAUGAAUUUACUCUUCCGGAAGAUACGUCUCAUAGCGAGUGGGCUAGGGAGGAUAUCACGUUCAAGCCACAUGUUGAACAAGGUGUCCUCAAGGUAUUCGAUGCUCAAACAUGGUCGAUUAUCGACACUCACAUCAUGGACCCGCAAGAGAGAAUCCUCUGCGUCAAGACGCUGAAUCUCGAAAUCUCAGAAUCAACACACGAGCGCAAACCGCUGGUUGCAGUUGGUACAGCCAUCACGCGUGGCGAAGAUCUGGCUACAAAGGGCUGCAUACGCAUCUUUGAAGUUAUCACCGUUGUCCCAGAGCCCGGUCGACCCGAGACAAACAAGAAACUGCGGCUUAUUGUCAAAGAUGAAGUGAGAGGUGCCGUUUCUGCGAUUUCAAGUCUUGGAACCCAGGGGUUUAUGAUCAUGGCUCAGGGGCAGAAAUGCAUGGUGCGGGGGUUGAAAGAGGAUGGCACUUUGCUGCCGGUGGCGUUUAUGGAUAUGCAGUGUCAUGUUACGUUGUUGAAGUCACUGGGGGAGACGGGUAUGCUGUUGAUGGGGGAUGUUUAUAAAGGGCUUUGGUUAACGGGAUAUACGGAAGAGCCGUACAAGAUGAUGCUCUUUGGCCGAAGCCGUACACACCAAGAAGUCCUCGCUGCCGAAUUCUUGCCAUUUGAGAAGACACUGCAUUUCAUUAUCGCUGAUGCGGACAUGAAUCUACAAAUCCUAGAGUACAAUCCUGACAACCCCAAAUCAAUGGGGGGCCUUCGCCUCCUCCAAAAAUCCACUUUCCACACAGGCCAUUUCCCAACAACAAUGACACUCCUCCAAUCCCGCAUCUCCCUCCCUUCAACCUCCGACUUCCCUGCCCCCUCCCUCGACAGCGACGUGAUGGACACUUCCCCCUCUCCCUCGUCCUCAUCUACCCCUUUCCAACAAAUCCUGGAAACAACCCAGUCUGGAACCCUGGCCCUCAUAACCCCCCUCAGCGAAUCCUCGUACCGUCGCUUAUCUGGCCUGGCCACUUUCCUUGCGGCGAACCUCGAGAGUCCUGCCGGUCUUAAUCCGCGCUCUUGGAGGGCCGUGGAAGGGGAGCUUGGGGGUGGAGGGGGGAUGAGAGGCAUGGUUGAUGGGAAUUUGUUGAUGAGGUGGGGGGAGCUAGGAGCGGGAAAGCAGAAAGAGGGUCUGGGGAAGUAUUCCCUCAGGUUCUACCGACCUUCCCAUGAUCCAGUCCUCUUCCUCGUCAUCUAGGACUGGAUAUCAGCUCGAACAAUGUUACAUAUAGAGGACAUGCAGAUGUAAUCUAUGUGCGUAUACGGUGCAAUGUAGUGCAGGGGUAAACCCAACUCGACCACUUUCAAACCAACUCAAUCAAUGUCUCCUAGUCGCUUGCUCGCUCAUGCAGACUACCUAUUCUACCGCACGAAUACCCAAUAAACAGCCCUGAGAACAAAAUCGCCUAAGCGCAAAAUCCUCCGUAUAUGCAUACUUUUGCCAUAUCCCUACUCCCCUAAUCCCCUUUUUCCU